AUCAACCUCGGUUUGUUCUUUCAUCGUCAAACCAACACCACCAUCACCGCCACUCCAUCAUAAGAAAAUUCAGCAUGUCGAAGAGCCUCGCCACCGAACGUUUCCUCGCUGAUCGUACCGCACCCUACUGUUCCCUCGAUAUCGCAAAGUCUUUCGCACAACUCAGCUCAAAGGAGAAGAAGUAUGCUCACUUUGUAGGUGAAGCGAGUUGGGCUGGCGCUCGGAUCAUUCAGGGGCAAUGGACACCGGAGGCCACGUCGCUCUAUGACCUCCUUGUCUUGACCUUCAGCGAGAAUGGAAAGUUGACCGAUUUGGAGGCUUUGAAAUCGAAAGCUGGUCUCUCUGACGAAGAUUUCGAGGCCAUUUUGCAGUAUACCAGCCAAGUAUUGAGUAACUUGGUGAACUACAAGUCUUUCGGGUUCACGAAGUUCGUUCCCCGCGUCCCACAAGAAAAGUUCGCCGUCGUGGUCGAGAAAUCCGCGAAUGCUUCGAACGCGGUCCCCCUCUGGCAGAAGCUGAAAGACCACAUCUACGCGCUGAGUCCGGAAGCAUCCCUAUUGAUCGGCAAACGUCAAGAAGGACAUGUCUCGAACUACUACCUCGGCGAACCUGUCACGGACGAAGAGGUCGCAGCCGUCCAAGCCGCCGCAGAAAAAAUAGGGGUCGACGUGCUGAACACACGCGUGCAGAAGAAGGGCCCGAAGGACUUCGUGCUCCUGGUGGCGUCUGCUGACCAGAAGGCGAGCUCGCAGCAUGCCUUGGAAAUUGCUGGGGGUUCGGCGACUCUCACCGUCCAGUACGGCGACUUUUCCGAUGCGCUGAACAAGGCAGCUGUGGCGUUGGGUGAGGCUAAGAAAUAUGCGGCCAACCCCACGCAGGUGGCCAUGCUGGAAGGUUACAUCAAAUCGUUCAAGACUGGGUCUAUUGAAGCUCACAAAGAAGCCUCGACGGAAUGGGUCAAGGACGUCGGUCCAGUCGUCGAGAGCUAUGUCGGAUUCAUCGAGACCUACGUUGAUCCUUGGGGUGCGCGAGCCGAGUGGGAAGGCUUCACCGCUAUCGUGAACAAGGCUCUGAGCGCAAAAUACGAAACGCUGGUCAAUGGCGCCCCGGAAUUGAUCAAGAAUCUUCCUUGGGGAAAGGACUAUGAGGUCGAUGUUUUCCGCAAACCUGAUUUUACGGCGUUGGAGGUCGUGACGUUUGCUACUGGAGGAAUACCCGCGGGCAUCAAUAUUCCUAACUAUUAUGAUGUCCGAGAGUCCACCGGGUUCAAGAACGUGUCGCUCGCCAAUAUCCUUGCAGCAAAGGCACCGAACGAGGAAGUGACCUUCAUACAUCCCGACGACCUUGAUCUCUACAACGCAUGGGACAGCAAGGCCUUCGAGGUUCAAGUAGCAAACCAUGAGCUUUUGGGCCACGGAUCCGGCAAGCUUUUCAAAGAGAGUGCAGAUGGGACGAAGAACUUUGACCCCAACACGGUUAACCCUCUCACUGGAAAGCCUAUUGCGUCGUGGUACAAGCCCGGUCAGACGCCCGACUCCGUCCUUGGUGAAGUAUCAUCGUCUAUGGAGGAAUGCCGUGCAGAAACCGUAGCACUCUUUCUGGUCAGCAACACCGACAUCCUCAAGAUCUUCGGUUACACCAGCCAGAAAGAUAUCGACGACAUCCAAUACAUCACAUUCUUGCUCAUGGCCCGUGCAGGUCUCCGAGCACUCGAGUUCUACGAUCCUGCCACCAAGAAGCACGGGCAGGCCCAUAUGCAGGCUCGUCUUGGAAUCACACAGCAUCUCAUUAACGGUGGUAUCGCGCGCCUGGAAGAGGUUAAGGAUGCAAGCGGCCAGCUCGAGAAUGCUUACGUUCGGGUGGACAGGGAAAAGGUGCUGAAGGAGGGUAAGGACGUCGUCGGAAAACUUCUGAUCGACCUUCAAGUCCGUAAAAGUACCGCCGACGGCGCAGGGGCACGACAAUUCUACACUGAGCUGACGAAGCCUUUCCCUGGAUGGGACGGCGAGCUGCGCGACCUCGUUCUGCGCAAAAAACAGCCGAGGAAGAUCUUCGUGCAACCGAAUACAUUCAUCGAGAACGACGAGGUCGUGCUUAAGGAGUACCCACUGACGGCUGCCGGUGCCAUCGAGAGCUUCAUCGAGAGGAAGUUGUAGGUUUGGUAUGCAUUAUCGCGGUAUGCAGUAGUGUUGAAAAGAAGACAAUCGGACGUCUGUCCGAUAAAUGUAUGAUAAAUAUAAUCCUGUGGAUCCACGCAUCGCCUGGCCCCUGUCACCAUGUGAACGUUGCGUGGCGUAAAAGUAUUGCGCGUAUGAGUAUACUGUGGUAAGGGAGUGAGCCCAGGAUGCGAGCCCUUCACCCGUCGAAGGAUAUUUAAACCUCUUGUACGAGGGCUACUAUGACAGUCACAUCGUCGAGUUUCCCGCCAUGGAAGUCGAGACCUUCUUUUUUAGCAGCCUUUGCGAACGGGCUCUCUCUCGUCCAUUUCAUCAUGCACGCUCGAGCGUACUGCACCAUACGAUCCGCCAUGCUCUGAACUUGCUGUUCAUCUGUUCCUCCUCCGCGAGCCACAAGGUUGCAUAUUGACGUGAUCUCGCUGUUGAAGACGUUGUCCGAGAGCCCGUCGGUGUAAACAAUGACAAGAUCACCAUCUCGAAGUUUCAUUUCGUACUCGUCUGCAUCUGAGGGAUAAUCUUUGAUUGCUUCGUGUCUUCGGGUCCUCUCCAUUGGGAGUUCCUUUGUCAGUUGCCAUGGGCAGUUGAAGAAGUGUGUUUGAGAUUCUUGCCUGUGAAUUACAGAGGAUGAACGAAUAACGACAAAGCCACUGUCCCCUAGGUUUGCUGCGCGAAGUACACCGGAAGAUGCGUUUAGGUUUACAAUACAUGCUGUGCUGGAACCAGCUAGUACCGCUUUCUCCUGCAUAACGGCGUCAUACGCCAGUCGCAUACACUGGACGGGCAGGAGUUCCCAUCCAUCGACUGCCUCACGCUCCUCAUACUCCUGUGUUGGGUCAAUCUCCGCUUCGCCUGCCCAUGCCGCUUUGGAAUAUCGAUGUGCAUGGUACAUGAGAGCUUGUGCGAAUAGUGAAGGGUCCACAUUCUGCUCAAUCCAGCCACCCACACCAUCCGCAACGCCAAAGGAAACGCCCUACCGACUUGCUUUUCACUUCUUGAAUAUAGAAGAAGUCUUCUCCUGCACCUCCACUGUAGUUGGCUCCUGACUUCAUGAGCAUGUUAUCCCUCCAUUGUCCGAUAGGACUGUCGCUGGGAAAAGAUUGCGCCCGAAGUCUGCGUGCUCGUCGAUCUGGAGGUUUCGGCAGACAACUGGCUGCUAUAUGAAACCGGUACGGUCGGGGCAUCGUUGAGGAGUUUCUUGUCCAUGAUGGUGCUGGUCUCUUGACAGAAUUGUGGGACGAGAGGAAAGAAGAUAGUUGGAU